AUGUCGCAUUCUUUGGAGAACUCAGACAGGAACAACAUGCGCUUGAGCUCGAUACACAUAACGGUAACUUAGCUUGGAAACCCCCUCUGUCCUUGGGCUAGUCUGUGCGGUGCUUUUUCACGACCCACGCAGUGCACCAUAAUGUGGUUCCUUUAUAUUUUCAAGUUCAUUAGCACUUCAAUUUGCUGGCGAUUUCCCAAAGUCUUGCGAAAAAAGCGCGAGAGGCAUGCUGCAUACCUAGCACAAGAGUGCGUGUUAUCUAUACUUCGCGUCUUACUUGCUGCGUUCGUCUUUUGUAGGCCAGCUAGAACAUGACAUUCUUUUUUGCCUUGGACAUUCCUAAGUCUUCACUAACACCCUAAACGGAUUUAAUAGACAGCGAGCUCGCAUUCACAUAUUUGGCUAAAGCCCAAGGUCUUUAUGCAGUCGCGUCCUUUUUCCUGUAACGAUUUGCAUGUUAAUACAUUGGCGCUGUGAUCACGCGGCAGAAAUUGCUUUGACUUUGAAUGUUUAAUGUUUACGCGCACAGGAAAGUACCUUUUCAUUUCUUCAGUUUAUAUCGCGCUUGCACAUUGCCAGUUUUCUCGCCCUGCGCUACGGGCAUGGAAUGUUAAAUGUUAUCAUGCAUCCAGAAGCUGAGCUUGUUUCUCUUGUACUUCUUGCGCUCACAGGCAUGUCAUCACGGAGGCCCUGCCUACCUCCAAAGGUAGAACCGAGGUCGAUGAGGCCUUGAGUAACAUCAAAGUCAAGUAUUUCCAGAUUAUGAAGGACGUCGACAGCUACUACAGCAGCAUCGCGAUGACACCGACCAAGGAAAUCGCCCGCAGCUACGUCCAGGGCAUGGGAUCCAUGACAAAGCCUUGGCUGCGAGUAGUUGUCGCCUCGGGAGGCAAAAUCCAGGAAAACCACCUGAACGUUCGCUGGGACUUCGACGUGGACACGAGCACGCUUCUAGUUCCCGUUUCCAUAAGCCACCUGAAGCAGAAGGAGGACAAGGAGUUCUUUUUGGAGUCCGCGAGUCUCGGGGGCGCCAUGGUGCAAUUCUUUUACGAGGCGUUCCACGAGAGGGCGCUGUUCUCAUCGGAUGGCUCGACUCACGAUGUCCUCAACAAUGAAACCGCGAUCGCUUGCCUCGAGAAGCAGUACGAAUCAAAGGCAGUGAACAAGACAAAGGUCCACGGACAACGGGUCUUGAGGACGGUAGCUGCGGACAAUGCCAUCGUGCCUGUGCUGCACAGGGUCUUUAAGACCUCGCUGCACUUGCGCAAGAUCGAAUUCGUCAACUACAAAAGGCUGGAGAUGUCACUGGCCAACCUUCCGGACGUGGAUGCCGACCAGCUGUUUUUUCUGAUGUACGGCCAGACCUUGUGCGAGCCGCACGAGGACACUUCCCGGAUCCUGGAGCAGGCACCAUGGCCUCCCGCUAAGAUCAGGCUCAACACCGCGCUGGCCAAUUACCCGGAGUUCGCCAAUGCAUUCAGCUGCGGCAACAAGACCGCCAUGAACCCGAAAAAGCGCUGCUCAGUGUUUCACUUUAAGUGAACCAUGGUGACAAAGAAGUUCAGUUUUAAAGCGAAACUCUCUUUGCCUAUUCACCUCGUUCUCUGCCGCUCCGUCGGUGGCCUGUUCAGACACGAUCUCCGAGAUAAUACGCGCUGGCGGGCUUUGCUCCGGCCGUGCAAUUCGGGGCGCUCCCCUGCUAGAGUAUGUAAUGCGGUGAGGGCGCCCAGCCGUCCCUAGAUGGCGCUGCUAGCCGAGGGCUUCGGCGCACGCGAACGCAGCCGUAGAAGGCAGACCGCCCGAGAUCUCAACGUGCGCAUUGCCCCUCUUUUCACGCGUUGCGGAAGAUUUUCACGGUACAUAUACCCGGCAGUUUUCGAGCUCUGCCUCGAAUGUUUUCACGUCUCAGUAGCCUCGUUGACGAGUGCCUUUAUCUUUUGCAGUAAUUUUCUGCAUUCUUAUACCUUGAUUUUGUGGCAUUUGUUUAAUACUUCAUUUUUCCAAAGGAAUAAUAUAUGAAUUGAAAAACCAUUCCCUGUCUCUGAAGUUGUAGGUUAGAGUUGAUGGCAGAGUUUCAUUGUUGUUGUCUUGUCCUACUUUGUUUCUUUCCUCCCUUCUUUUUUUUUUUGCGCUUCGCAUCGCCGUGAUUCAGCAAUUUUUAUGGCAAUUGCCGCGUUGUAAGCCUACCAUGCAGUGCGAUCAUUUUUGUGUAAUAUUUACUAGGAUCUUACCUUGCGUAGUUCUUGCUAUUUAUUUUUCAUUUCAAUUCCCCUAUUGUAUUGACUGUAUUGAUUUUCCACGUUAUUACGCUGGGCGAGUAAUGCUUUCGUUAGGUUGAUGUAUUCUUUCUUAUCUUGUUUCAUAACGCUUGUUUGACAUUGAUGUAACUGUGGUUGCCUUUACCCAAUGCAUUCCUGGAGGUUAGUGAUUCAAAAAUAAAUAUGAAUUAUUAAAAUAAAUAAAGUAAGCAUGUAAGCAUACAGGCAGAUGAGAUGAGAGCGCGAAUAAGAG